AAGAGUUUUAACUUCACAGCCACUGCAGUAUAUAUGCGGCAUAUUUUGUUCUUUUUUUUUUUUUUGCAAAGAGGGAUUAUUUUCUUUCCAGAAUUCGAUAUGUCUUUUUGGUUGAUGGAUCACGGUGAGAUGACUAAAGAAAUCUGUGGAUGUCCUACGUUCGCCGCCCCCCGGUCUUUUUCCUAUUGGUUCCGUGUUGACCCGUUAUUGCUCGUCAGAAUGCGGUGUUGUGGUUCAUAUUCAUUCGCAGAUCCAUCUAUAUUUUUUCCCCCUCUUGUUUCCGUAUUCUUCACUCUCGAUCAUGAACACGUCUUUACGAAGAAUCGCCCAGCGCAUCCCAGUAUCGCGUCAGCAGCUAUUCCUACUUACUGCAUCCACAGCUCGGAUUGGGUUUCAUCGCACCUUCUCCACUGCAAAGGAAACCAACUCACCGGUAAAAACAAUUACAGAUACCGACACCCUGUCUGUGCAAUGGCCAGAAUCCGAUCAAGCGAGCCACUACAGUUACUUGUGGCUUCGUGAUAACUGCCAGUGCGAGCAGUGUCUUCAUCCUUCCAAUCGACAAAAAUUGCAUUCCAGUGCCGAUGUUCCUCUCGACAUUGCGCCCGUGUCCGUUACCGUGGAAGACGACCAUGCCACCAUUGUAUGGAACAAACCAUUGCGCCAUCGAUCCAAAGAACAGCACAGCAGUCGCUAUCCCUUAUCAUUUUUGCGACAAUAUGCUUCACGACAAGCCAGUGAAGCCUUUCGUGUGAAUAACAUCAUGCCUCGCACCUGGAAUCGCGAUCAAUAUGAGCACAAAUGGAUUUCUCAUGACGACUACAUGAACACCGACCACGGCCUCAGAUCGGUCGUCAACCAGCUUUGCCGCGAUGGCUUGGUAUUUUUGAAAGGCGUUCCCUUGGAAGACGUCAGCGUUACCCGAGUGGCGGAACGAAUCGGACCCAUCCAGGAAACGUUCUAUGGUCGAGAUUUCAACGUAAAGAACAUUGCCAAAUCCAAAAAUAUUGCCUACACCAGUUUGUACCUAGGGUUCCACAUGGAUCUCAUGUAUUUGGACUGUCCUCCUGGGGUCCAGCUGUUGCACAGCUUAAAAAAUAGCGUCAAAGGAGGUGCCAGCAUUUUCGUCGAUUCGUUCCGCGCCGUAGAACUGAUGAAAGAGCAAUAUCCUGAAGACUAUCAGGUUCUGAAAGAUACCUUGGUCACCUUCCACUAUAUCAAUGACGGUCAUCACAUGUAUUACCGACGCCCGACCAUUGUUACUGACGAGAAACACAGUGGACCUGCUUGGGAUAUGCACGUGAAUUAUGCACCUCAAUUCCAGGGACCUAUCGAUGAACUUUCUCCCACGGAAACCAAGCGUUUUUACCACGCUUUUCAACGGUUCGCCGACUUUAUCGAGGAUGAGAAGUUGCGCUAUCAGAUCACUCUGCAACCGGGUGAAUUAGUCCUUUUCGCCAAUCGUCGUGUAUUGCAUGGCCGUACCGAGUUCGAUCCAACCAGCGGUGACCGUCAUCUGAAGGGAACCUAUUUAUCUCUCGAUUCCUUGAAGGACAAACUGCGUGUGCUGAAUGCACCAAAUUAGAUCCCAUAGAUUCUUUUUAAAUAAUACUAAUUGUUCAACGACACUUUGCUGCCUGCUUCAUGUGCUCUAUUUGGCAUCCAAGCCGAACUACUAUCUCAUAUUAAUAGUAAACUCACCAAAAAUGUGUCUGCCAUCAUCAAAAGUUAUUUAGACCUUUUUCUUUUCUUGCAAAAUUUAAAGGUACUGCAGUUUUUUUUUUUAUCCAAUUGAAUGGCG